AUGGUGGAUUCGAGUUACGAUGAAAUGACGACGACGGAAGGAAAUUGUAACGAAAAUUUAGAAAGAAAUUUACUCGCACUUAGAUACCCGUUUGCGUUUGUUUUGAGAGUUAGAGUCGGACAAAUCGUUUGCGGAAUUUGUACUCUCGUUAUGGGCGCUGUUGCUUUCAUUGAUGAAAAAACAGAAAUUAAUAUGGGAGUCGGUGUAAUGGCUGGAGCCUCCAUGAUUAUUGCUGCCGCCAACAGCAUUUAUUAUUCACGCGGAUUUGACGGUUAUCAACCGGCAACAGUCAAAACUGGAAGAUUAGCAAAAUUUAGAUUUUUAGGUUCGACAUUAAGAAUAAUGAUACUUAAUGGUAUUUUAUGGGCUGUUGCUUCCAUAUUAGAAUUUGUACUCGUCAUCAAUUAUUUGUGGCAUCCAUUUUUUUGUCACGUGAGUAAUAACGAAAACAAUAAUUACGUUGAAAUUCAAUUGAAUUAA